CGGCGGCUCCUCCCUCGUCCCGGCCCAUCCCCUGGUCCCGCGGUUCCAGCAGGAGAGCGGAGAUAGGAGUUCCGCGCUCGGGUGGGAGAUGUCGCUCGGGCUCCUUCUAGCUGCAGAGUUGUUGGUAUCGUCUCCCACCCCCGACCCGCUGGGAUCCUUCCAGUCCCACCUCGGUUCCGAGCAACGCGCUACCUGCUUUCUACACUGUGGGGCCGGGUGUAAGAGAGGGAAUGGAGGGCACUGUCCUAAACAUCUCACGAAGGAAAUAAACCCCAUUAAACUUAGCGGGACCGGCUUCUGAAUUUGCAACCAGCAUAAUGUUGGCGCUCCAAAUUUUGGAGAAGUAUUGUACAGAAUGGCACAAGCAGAAGUUAACCUGGACCAUGACAUACUGCUACUGUCCCUUCCGACACAAUGGGCUAAAAGUGUCGUGGGGCUCCUUUCCUUCAUCUGCUUUGCAAACAGCUACAAUGGAGACUUUGUCUUUGAUGACUCUGAAGCUAUCAUCAAUAAUAAGGACCUCAGGGCAGAAACCCCGCUUGGUGAACUGUGGCAUCAUGACUUCUGGGGAAGCAAACUUAGUAGCAAUACCAGCCAUAAAUCUUAUCGACCACUUACUGUAUUAACUUUCAGGAUUAAUUACCUUUUAGCUGGAGGCUUCUACCCAUUGGGCUUUCAUGUCAUCAAUAUAAUACUCCAUUGUGCCAUCUCUGUCUUAAUUGUUGAUGUCUUCUCAAUAUUACUGGGUGGGCUUCAGUACACCAAUAAAGGAAGAAGACUAAACUUUGUCCCCAAAUCAUCGCUGCUAGCUGCUUUGCUGUUUGCUGUGCAUCCAGUGCACACUGAAUGUAUUGCAGGGAUUGUUGGCAGAGCAGACCUGUUGUGCGCCUUGUUCUUUUUGUUGUCUUUCCUUGGCUACUGCAAGGCAUUUAGAGAAAGUAAAGAAGGAACCCAGUAUUCUAUUGCCUGGGUCUUGCUCAGUGUUCUCCUAGGUGCUCUGGCCAUGCUGUGCAAAGAACAAGGCAUCACAAUACUGGGUUUGAAUGCUCUUUUUGAUGCUGUGGUGAUUAACAAGCUCAAUAUUUUGGACAUUGGUUUGAAGAUACUACGCAAAGACAAGUCACUGGAGAGCCUGGUGGUGUUUAGAAAAGGACUUAUUUUCAGGAUGACUCUUCUGUUAUCUGGAGGAGCCACCAUGCUAUAUGUGCGUUGGCGGAUUAUGGGCACAGGGCCACCAGCAUUCACUGAAGUAGAUAACCCAGCUUCAUUUGCAGACAGUAUAUUUGUGAGGGCUAUAAACUAUAAUUACUACUAUUCGUUGAAUGCCUGGUUGCUGCUGUGUCCCUGGUGGCUGUGUUUUGAUUGGUCAAUGGGCUGUGUGCCCCUUAUUAAAUCAGUCAGUGACUGGAGAAUAAUUGCACUAGCAGUUCUUUGGUUCUGCCUAAUUGCUCUGAUGUGCCAAGCCUUGUGCUCUGAAGACAGCCAGAAGAGAAGAAUCCUGACAUUGGGACUGGGAUUUCUCAUUAUCCCUUUUCUUCCUGCAAGUAACCUGUUCUUUCGAGUUGGAUUUGUUAUUGCAGAAAGAGUAACCUACCUCCCCAGUAUUGGCUUUUGCAUGCUGAUUACAUACGGAUUCAGUUUAUUGAGCAAACAAGCUAAAAACAAGAAACUGCUUGUUGCUGCUCUGCUGGGCCUCUUGCUGGUAAAUGUAUGGCGUUGUAUUGUCCGCAGUAACCAGUGGAGAUCUGAAGAGCAACUUUUUAGAAGUGCUUUGUCUGUAUGUCCACUGAAUGCCAAGGUUCAUUACAAUGUUGGCAAAAACUUGGCUGAUAAAGGCAACCAAACUGCUGCAAUCAACUAUUACAGGGAGGCUGUCAGAUUGAAUCCUAAAUACGUGCACGCUAUGAACAACCUGGGAAAUAUCUUAAAAGAAAGGAAUGAACUCCAUGAAGCUGAAGACCUUCUGUCGCUAGCUGUACAAAUACAGCCUGAUUUUGCAGCAGCAUGGAUGAAUCUAGGAAUAGUGCAGAAUAGCUUAAGGAGGUAUGAAGAAGCAGAGCAAAGCUACUGGACUGCAAUUAGACACAGAAAAAAAUACCCAGAUUGUUACUAUAAUUUAGGACGCUUGUAUGCUGAUCUAAAUCGCCACAUAGAUGCAUUGAAUGCAUGGAGAAAUGCCACUGUUCUGAAACCACAACACAGUUUGGCUUGGAACAAUAUGAUUAUAUUGCUUGAUAACACAGGUAACUUGGCACAAGCAGAAGCUGUUGGGAGAGAGGCUUUAGAAUUAAUACCCAAUGAUCAUUCUCUUAUGUUUUCACUGGCAAAUGUAUUGGGGAAAUCACAGAAAUACAAGGAAUCUGAAGCUUUGUUCCACAAGGCAAUUAAAGCCAAUCCAACUGCAGCCAGUUACCAUGGCAAUUUGGCUGUGCUGUACCAUCGCUGGGGAAAUCUUGACUUAGCCAAGAAACACUAUGAAAUCUCUCUGAAGCUUGACCCCACAGCAGCUGGGACUAGGGAAAACUAUAGUCUUUUAAAAAGGAAACUGGACCAACUGAAAAAAAAGGGCGAUGUCUGAGGUUUCUUCUCAGGCUUUGAAUGCAUGCUGCCUCCCAUUUAUUGGUAACAUGGCUACUAAUCACCAGGGAGAAGCAUUCAGUCACACUGUCAUUAAAAAACACAACCACCAUCCAAUAAUGAUAGCACCAGCAACGGAUAUUCAAAUAUUUCAUGGAAUCUAGCAUCAGAAGUAAAUUUCUUUACAAAAAUAAAAAUCAAUCUUGGUUUAGAAA